AUGACACCUCAUCCCAUCACUAUUACACCAAAGAAACUCUAUUUCGCUCACAAACAAAGUAAUGUGCUGCCUACAAAGCAGCAUUGCCUUAGAGUCAAGCAGCUGAUUGGCAUGGAUGCACCGUUUGUUAUAUACAUCAGAGGCAAAGAUGAGAAAACACGAGACAACACAGAUGUCGACCUAGAGUUUCGCCAAGAGAGCAAUUUCUUUUAUUUGACAGGUGUGGAUGAGCCUGGUUUUCAAGCUGUCUUUGAUUCAACAUCAGAACGAGUCUACCUCAUUCCACCCAAUGUACCUGAAAACGAUAUAUUUUGGAAAGGCCCAACGCACGAUACCGCUGAAUUACUGGCACUGUACAAUGUGGACGAAAUAGUGCAAGAAGAUGACCUGGUGCAGUUACUCCGUACUUUGAAUCCAGACUUUGCAUGUGUCCUCAACGAUCAGCAUCAAUCCCAUUUAGCCAAAAUAGCACCGGCAUUGAAUAUCAAUUCUCAAUUGCUCGCACCUGCCAUUAGUGAAGCAAGGCUCAUCAAAUUUUCUUGGGAAAUUGAUCUCAUACGUCAAGUCAUGCAUGGAUCCUCACAGGCUCAUAUUGCUCUGAUGCAGCAUUUUCAGCCGGGCAUGACUGAAGCUCACCUUGCUGCCCUGUUUCGGUGGAAUUGUGCCCUGCAUCAAAUAUACAAUCAAGCUUACCUUCCAAUUGUUGCGUCUGGCCCCCGUGCUGCUACCUUACACUACUCAAAGAACAACCAAAGGAUACCUGAUGGCCCCCAUUCCUUGGUGCUUGUUGAUGCUGGUGGUGAAAAGGGAUGCUAUGGUAGCGACAUCACACGAACGUUUCCUGUGCGCGGCGUCUUUUCCGAAGAAGCCAAAACUAUUUAUAAUAUUGUGUUAAACAUGCAGCAGACUGUGUUAUCACAUCUAAAGCCAGGCAUCUACUGGACUGAUAUGCAGCGACUGGCUAUAAGAGUACUAUGCCAUGAGCUGAUUAACAUUGGCAUCUUGAAAGGUGAUCAAGAUGAAUUGAUUCAAAGAGGUGUACCCAGUGCCUUUUAUUAUCAUGGCCUGGGUCAUAGCUUAGGUUUAGAUGUCCAUGACGUGGGAGGCAAAGACCAGAAGCUGACAAGCCAGCAAGAAGAGGACGAUCCUACCAUCACAGAGUUCUUGCUUGGAAGGCCGUUAGAGAAGAACAUGGUGUUGACGGUGGAACCCGGCUUAUAUUUUAAUGAUGCCAUGUUAAAUAUUUGGACACAAUUUCCAGGGUAUCAGGACUACUUUAACCUUUCUAUACUGGCCAAGUAUAGAAGUGUCGGUGGUGUUCGGAUUGAAGAUACUGUCGUGAUUACUGAUGAUGGAUACGAAAACUUGACGCUGGUACCAAAGCAAGUACAUGAGAUCGAGAACUUGAUGAAUGUGCAGUGA